AAGAUUUACGAGGAGCACUUGAAUGCAACAUAAGUACAACUGCGCAGUUCACGGACCGCUGUCUCUCUGCUGCCCAUCAUCAGACUUGUGACAGAGAUGUCUGCUGCACAGAGUCUGCGUCUUCUCCACUGCUACUCAAAGCCAGGCACAUUUGGAUAUGGGGCCGGUGUCAUGCGCCCAUUCAGUCUCAGUGUGCAGAGAGAGGGCUUCAAGUAUGUAAAUGCUCAGGAGCUGCCGACAGACAUGAAGUCUAUCACUGACCGGGCUGCUACAACCCUCCUUUGGACGGAGCUCUUCAGAGGUUUGGCGAUGACCAUGAGUUACCUCUUCCGUGAACCUGCCACCAUCAAUUACCCGUUUGAGAAGGGCCCUCUGUCGCCCCGCUUCCGUGGAGAGCACGCCCUGCGCCGCUACCCUAAUGGAGAGGAGCGCUGCAUUGCCUGUAAGCUGUGUGAGGCCAUCUGCCCUGCUCAGGCCAUCACCAUCGAAGCUGAGACUCGAGCUGAUGGCAGCAGGAGAACGACACGCUAUGACAUUGAUAUGACCAAAUGUAUCUAUUGUGGGUUCUGCCAGGAAGCCUGUCCCGUUGAUGCCAUUGUUCAGGGUCCAAACUUUGAGUUCUCCACAGAGACCCAUGAGGAGCUGCUCUACAACAAAGAGAAGCUGCUUAACAAUGGAGACCAAUGGGAGAGUGAGAUAGCAGCCAACAUACAGGCAGAUUACCUGUAUAGAUAAACUGUACACUGCUCUCAAAGAUAUAUCAUACAUAAGUAUUAUAUAUCUUAUCAUCCUACUAUGCUUUAAAGAGAUUAUUUGUAGCUUUACAUGUGUAUCAGUGAGCUACAUAUGAAACAGUGAAGCCUUUCAGCCCCAGAUUAUGGUGUGAGAACUGAGAAGGAAUAUAAACACGCACAAAUCUUUGUAUGGAGUUAUAAAGAUGAUAAUGCACUUUGAUGAUGUUGAAUGUGUAGCCAGUGCACAGUCUGUGAUACACUAUUUCCCACUGCACUUAAGAAGCCUCUUUUGUCUGAUGCAAUAGUCUGAAAGAGUGUAAUGUUGCUGAAGCUAUUUAAGAUACUGAAAUAAAUCACGUUUUAAAACUUUAAA